AAUAAAAGGAGGGAAAUUCCAAGAAAGCAAGGAGGAAAUUUCCUCAAAUACCUGGGAAAUUCCUGAAAAGCAGAAGUGACAUUUUUGAAGAAAGUAACAGUGAUAUUUCCUAGAGGGGAAAUUUCCCAGAAUGCAAAGGAGGAAUUGGUGGAUAGCAAAAGGGGAAUUGCCUGGAGAGGAUGAAUGAUACUUCUUGGGAAAUAAUGUCUUGCUUCCCAGUGUCAGGAAAAUCCACAAAUGCCAGAGUUUUGUGUCCAAAAAGGAGACAGAGGAGUCCUGCCACUUUAUUCGAAUAAAGGGAGAGAGUCCACCGGGGCACACGCCUGCGGGGUUUUCUCUCUUGGGCUGUCUGCUGUACCCCGAAGCUCCGAGGUUCAGGCUUGUGCAGACCCGUGUCUGUUUCAGGAGCCAAGCUGUGUGGGCUCUGCAACAAACCUGCGGCCCGGAGUUAGGAGAGACAUGAGGACGCAUUUCAAAGAUGUGAACACCCACAUCUUCACCCAUCCAAUUGUUUGUGAAGACGUGAGCUUUCCUCUCACCAGGGAGUAACAGUCAUGGGGAAAUUUCCUAGGAAAGCAAUGGAGAUCCUCUAAGCAGAGGUAAAAAUCGUAGACAGGAAUGGAGGACUCUAGAGAGCAACAAAGCCAUUUCCCAGGAAACAAGGAGGACAUAGCCUCAAAGUGACUGGGAAAUUUUCUGGAAAGCACCAGGGGAUUUUUAGGAAGUGGGAAACUUCCUGGUAAACAAAAGGCAGUGUUCUGAAAAACUCUCCAUGUAAAGUGCCUAGUAGGCAGUAGGGACUUCCUGGAAAGAAGAAAUUUCCUGAAAAACAAGCGCCACAUUGGGGAAGAGCUGUAGUCCCGUGCCUCAGCCCCACUGACCCCUCCACCCCUUCCUGGUCCUUGGGUAAGGAACUCGAAAAACCUCUCAGGGUGUUUGGGUUGUUUUGACUGCCACCCGCAGAGCUCAGAGGGCUCAGGGAAGAGCCGGGCGGGCGCUGUUGCUGCCCGUUAUCCUCCUCCUGUGUUGGGCAUGGGCUGGUUCGCCUCUGCUUCGGUGCCGAGAGCUGCCCGCCGCACUUCGGCCUUUAUUGGUUUGUAAAUUUUGGCAGCACGGCCUUAGCGUGCAAGCCAAGGCAGCCGGGAGAAGAAGGAUUGAAAGAAACAUCUGCACGUGGCCCGGGGGUUUCCAGCCCCGGGAAGCCCCGGCGGGAGCGGGUGCGGCUGACCCCCUGCGCUCCGGGUGUCCCACGCUCAGCUUGAGGUCCGGUUUAUUUAAUUAUUGCUAAUCUGGGCAGGGGCUUGCGCGGGGCUGCGCAGCGGCGUUCCCGGAGCCGGAGCAUCCCGCGGGCGCUCCCGGGAGCGGCGGCACCGCCCCGCCGCGGGAGCAGAGGCAGUUUCACUUUCGGAAGGGACACGUGAUUUCCAGGAAAACGAAAGGGGCGGAUAAAGGAUCGGGCAGGAGGCGGCCGUUCCCGCGCUGAGGUCACCGCGCGGCGCGGCACGGCACGGCACGGCACGGCACGGCACGGCACGGCACGGCACGGCACGGCAGCUCUGCGGACCCGGCACCAUGGCAGCACCGGAGAAGGAGGGGGAAGCCCAGAAGCUGCGGUUCGGGCAGUGGCUGCUGAACGCCAUCAGCAGCGGGAGCUACAGGGGGCUGUGCUGGAUCGACCCUGGCCAUACCACCUUUCGCGUCCCCUGGAAACACAACGCCAGGAAGGACAUCACCAGCAGUGACGUGGAGGUCUUCAAGGCCUGGGCGCAGGUCAGUGGGCGGUAUGAGGAAGGCUCCGAGGACCUGGCCAAGUGGAAGACCAACUUCCGCUGUGCCCUGAGCAGCACCCAAAUGUUCAAGCUGGAAGAUGACCAUUCCAAGCGUGGUGAUGACCCACACAAGGUCUUCUCCAUUAUCUCAGCCACCCUCCAGCACAGCAAGGAGGGAGAUUCCAGCAUUCCUAACCCUGUGGUGGACCAACAGCCAGCACAACAGCAGCUCCAGCUGGAGCAUGACUCCCAAGACAUGGCCUCAGCAAUCGCUGUCCCAGGACCUACUGACCCACAGCUCUCGAUUCUGGAGGAGCUGCUGCAGCAGUGUGACAUCUCCCCCCGUGACCUUGGCUCACUGGCCCAGUCCUGGGUGCCCACAGGUGGUUUCCCUGCAGGGGAUCAGGAUGUCAUGCUCCAGCCUCACCAGGACACCCUGCUCCAGCUUUAUGCAGACCCCAGCCAAAACAACUGCUUCCCUCCCACGACAUUUCCACAAUGGGUUCCCCCGGUGGAGCAGCCCACCUUGGACACCUACCACCCACCGGGCCUCAUGCCACCAGAGGAGACAGGGGCCAUGCCACUGCCGUGCCACCUGACAGAGGGCACGGGCCCCACGCAGUACCCAGUGGAGGCAACGUGCUUUGUCCCUGCUGCCAGCCCUGUGCCACAGCCACGGCUGCUGCUGGAUAACACAGAUGGCAUCGUCUCCAUCCUGGAUGUCACCAUCUACUACCGGGGGAAGGAGUUCCACCGGGAGGUGGUUGGGGGCAGCCACUGCUUGCUGACAUACCAGCCCCCCAGUCUGCUGGAGGCCCCGUGCCCCUGGCAUGUGGUGCGCUUCCCCAGCCCCGCCAGCGUGGCUGACAGCAAGCAGCGGCGCCUCACCGAGGAGCUGCUGGGCGUCGCGGGGCUGCAGCUGGAGCAACGCACCGACAAGGUCUUUGCCACCCGCCGGGAGAAGUGCAAGGUGUUCUGGGCCUUGUCCCAGCAGCUCGAGGGGGUCGAGGAGCCCCCACCCAACCUGCUCUGCCGGGACCAGGAAACACCCAUCUUUGACUUCCAUGAGUUUUGCACAGAGCUGAGGGACUUCCGCAAUGGCCAAAGGCAGCGAUCCCCUGACUUCACCAUCUACCUCUGCUUUGGGCAGGCCUUCUCCAAGGACAGGCCUAAGGAGUCCAAGCUCAUCCUGGUCAAGCUGGUGCCCAAGUUCUGCGAGUACUACUACGAGCAGGUGCUGCAGGAGGGAGCCUCCUCCCUUGACAGCCACACCCUCAGCCUGCAGCUCUCCAACUCCUUCGACCUCAUGGAGCUCAUCGAGCAGUACAACAUGCAACUGGGCUGACCCCUCGUGCCCCGCUCCCCAUGGCCCUGGCACAGGCUGCAGGACCACUGGGCAUCCCAGCCUCUGCAAACCAGCACCCCCCAGCCCAAGGACAGCUUCAGUGACCAGUCCUGGAGUCACACAUUGCUUUUCCCCUCCAUCAGCUGCUAGUGUGUUUUUGUGGAGUGUGGUAAUUUACAGAUUUAUUUUCUUAAUUUUUCCAAGUUAAAAUAUGUAUGUAUAGAAACGUAGUUCUCUCUUGCUGCUGUUGCCUGGACACCUGCCUCUGCUAUCAGUCUGAAAUCUUCGCUACCCCCUUCUACCCCCAGAACCACCAGGGUCCAUGCCCAGCCUUGUCUCAGCAAAGUCCCUGCUGGCAGGGGCGGGUUGGUAUCAGAGAGCUUAUCAGUGCCUUCUUCCCUUUAAAUUUUGAGUAGAUGAGGUGACUUCCCACACCUGAAGGGAUGCAUUUAUCAAUGAAUUUAUUUCCAUGCAUUAAGGCUACAAACAUGACUUGCAAGCAGAAUGUGUUGAGGACGCUUUUGCUAAACAAAAGUACUUCCGUGAGCACUGGCCUGGAGUCACUCACUGGAGAUGUUCUGGAAAAAUAAGGCAGUAACUACAACACGAAGCACCCAGACCUCAGCUCAGAGGUGCAGAAGGGGUGGUAUCUCAGGGAGGAGUGUGGAAACCAGAGGGCUGCCUGAAGAUGGGGUGUGCCCUCCCCAGGCUGCAAGCAAAUGCAUCCCCUUGAUUCAGGAGCCUGACCAUCUGGUCCCUGGGCAAGGGGAGGUGGCAGUGUUCUUACCUGCCUAGUGACCUGGAUGCUGCUAGGUCCAAAAGUGGUGGUCCCGUAGCUUGUCACGUAAUAGUGAGCAGAGGGCUGUGCCAGGGGCUCCUCCAACUGCCUGGGUACUGUGGGAAUGGGACACCCUUAGCACCCCAGUUCCAGCAAACCCUCAGCCCUCUUUCCCCUGAGUGCUGUUGUGGCACUAACUCAGGACACUGGGCUCACCUUUGGGCAGGAGCAGCUCUGCACCAAAACGGUGCCCACACGUCCCACAGGUUUUAACGUCUUCCUUUGUCCUGUGGAGGAAAAAGCCCAGGAGAGAAGGAGCAGGAGCUGCCCUCAGCACUCCCCAAGGAAGACGAUGCCAAGGCAGUGGAAGAGGCUUGCUUUUCCCACCCUGACCAGCUGCAAUUGGUGGGACAACCACUGCCCUCCUGGGUGCCUGAGCACCUUCAGCUCUUCAUGAAACAGGGACAUGUGGGCAUGUGUCCAGAGUGAACAUCAUGUGCCUGAGCCCCAGAGUCUCAUCUGUUUCACCUUUCUCUCCAUGCUCUAAUUUCCCACACCAGAAAGUGCUAACACCACGUGGGACACGAGCUGCUAUGGAGAGAGCUGCUAUGGGAGAAUGACACGGUAGUGCCAGCGAAUUUCAUUACUAAUUUCACGUGGCUUUUAGAAGCUGACCAGCCCCACCAGCAUUGCAUUAGUGACCACCCAGGUCCUGCCCUCGCUUGGAGGGGCACAGCUUGUACGUACAUGGCACCUGUGCCAUCCAUGUCCGGCCAGAGGAACUCUGCAGGACAGCCGGACGUUCGGCAGGGAGUCUUCACACACACGUGCAGCCCCGGCCACUCCUCAGCGAGCUUCUGGAUGACGAGCACAACUGCCACGAGGAAGUCCCAGGCAAACUGGAACCCUUCCAGCAAAAGGAGAAUGUCGUGCUUGCUUACAGCCCCCAGCCACAGCAGCCCAGGAGAUGCUGUGGUGACCCACACAUCACUUCCAGCCCACGGCCUCAACUGUUGGACCAGCUCCAUUUCUCCAGUUAACCAAGCCGCCAUAAGGAAUUUAACGGUAUGUUGGAAGAGCUCCCCAACUUGGGUGGCCCUUUUACUUAUCUCUUGAAGACCCAGCCUUAGACUGUACUCUGCUGGGGCCUUCUGGGCAAGGAUGACCCAUCUGCUCCAUGACAAGAAUGAAAACUUGACUUCCCAUUUUUAUGUGAUACCUCUAAAGGAGUCCUGAACAGAAUUGCAUGGAGAAAGAGGAAAUCUGUAAGUGGACUGCUGGUGGAGCCAGGCCAGACUAGGAUAUGUGGCAGAGGCUUCUUGGGACACUUCCCAGAGGGCUGGAGGUGGCAGGGGUGGAGCUCAGGAGAGACAUGGAGUUGGGAGUCAUGAAAUAUGGAUCAGGGAUCUUACCUGUCCUUUCCGAUGGCUUUCUGCAGCGGAGCUCCAGGUAGCUGUAGGCCCUCUGGUUAUUCUCUUUGAUCAGCAGAGGUUUGCCAUUGCAUACAAGCAGGCAGGUCACCUUCGCCACCCAGUGUGUGGAAUAGAAGGAGCAAGCUUUCACCAGGAACCUGCGAGGAGAUUGCCCAUGGCUUUCACCACUUUCCUCCUAGCUUAUGGAAGAAAGUGUGGUACCAGGUGGACUUGAAAAUAUGAGCUGAGCUUCAGUAAGAACAGAGGCAGACACCAAAUGAGGACCUUCCCCUACUGAAAGCUCAAGCAGCAGGAGCAGCCUCUUAAGCCAAGAGAUCCUUCCAGAGUUGGCCAUCUUGUCCUGGUUUUAUCUGGGAUGGGGUUAAUUUUCUUCCUAGUAGCUGGUACAGUGCUGUGCUUUGGAUUUAGGAUGAGAAUGAUGUGGAUAACACACUGAUGUUUUAGUUGCUGCUGAGCAGGGCUUACACCAAGUCAAGGACUCUUCAGGUUCUCAGGCUGCCCUGCCAGCGAGGAGGCUGGGGGUGCACAAGAAGCUGGGAGGGGACAUAGCCAGAACAGCUGACCCCAAAUGACCAAAGGGUUAUCCCACAGCUGGUAGCAUCACUCUCAGCAUAUAAACCUUGGGGAAAGCUGACUGGGGGACCACUGCUUGGGAACAGACUGGGCAUGAGUUGGUUAGUGCUGAACAAUUGUUUUUUACUUGCACCACUUGUUCUUCUCUCUAAUUUCUCUCUUUGCUGAUUUCCUUUGCAUUACAAUAUUAUUAUCACUAUUACUGUUUUUAUUAUAAUUUAUUUCAACUAUUAAACUGUCUUAAUCUCAA